UCAAUAUACACUUGCAGUGUUUUUGCAUGUGCAUGUGCUUUUGAUCAAUUAACAUGAAGGGCGACGGAAGGUGCUUGAAACUCUUUCUUGCAUUAUCGAUCCUUUUCCUACAAAACGUAAAAGGAGGAGAAGUUGGCCACAGCCACAACCACAGCCACAGUCACAGCCUCAGAGAUGCUAAAGUGACAGUGAGGUGCAUAGAGAGGGAAAGGCAAGCACUACUUGCAUUCAAACGUGGCCUGGUGGAUGAGUUCAAUCUACUCUCAACUUGGGGUUCAGAAGCCGAAAAACAAGAUUGUUGCAGAUGGGAAGGAGUCUAUUGUAGCAACCAAACUGGCCAUGUGAUUCAACUUCAUCUUGGAUAUUCUUUCCUUGAUGAGAUGUUUCAACCUGCUUUUGAAUAUUCUUUCCAAGGUAAGAUGAUUAGUCCUAAACUGAUUGAGUUGCAGCAUUUACAAUAUUUGCACCUUGCAUCCAUUGAUUUCAAUGAGAGCCAAAUUCCUGAUUUCAUUGGUUCUCUAACCAAUCUAAGAUACCUCAGUUUCCAUUCCUGUCAUUUGGUUGGUCAAAUUCCAAGUUCGUUUGGAAACCUCACGCAAUUGCAAUAUCUCGACCUCAGCUAUAAUUAUCAGCUUCAACCAGAAAAUCUCAAUUGGCUCGUUGCUCUUUCUUCUUUAACGGAUUUGGGCCUUGCAUCCUUUGAUUUCAAUUGGAGCCAAAUUCCAGAUUUCAUUGGUUCUCUAACCAAUCUAAGAAACCUCAAACUCUCUUCCUGUAAUUUGGUUGGUCCAAUUCCAAGUUCGUUUGGAAACCUCACACAAUUGCAACAUCUCGACCUCGCCAAUAAUCAGCUUCAACCAGAAAAUCUCAAUUGGCCCCCCGCUCUUUCUUCUUUAACAGAUUUGGACCUAAGCGGAAACAAUCAAAAUACUGUUUUGGACCUUGCAUCGAUUGAUUUCAAUGGGAGUCAAAUUCCAGAUUUCAUUGGUUCUCUAGCUAAUCUAAGGUACCUCAGUCUCAGUUCCUGUAAUUUGGUUGGUCAAAUUCCCAGUUUGUUUGGAAACCUCACGCAAUUGCAACAUCUCGACCUUAGCGGUAAUCAUCUUCAAGCAGAAAAUCUCAAUUGGCUCCCUGCUCUUUCUUCUUUAACGUAUUUGGACCUAAGCGGAGCCAAUCUCAGUACUGUUUUCGAUUGGCCAGAAGCAGUACUUAAUAAGCUCCCUAAACUAGAAGAGUUGACCUUGGUGAACUGUAGUCUUCCUCCUCCUCCUCCUCCUCCUCCUACUCUUUACAAAACAAAUUCUUCUACAUCUCUUGCGUAUGUUGAUCUCUCUGACAACCAUCUCACUUCUUCAAUAUUUCUUUGGUUGUCCAACUACAGUACAAGCCUUGUUGCUCUUGGCCUCUCCAACAAUCAUCUAUCUGGUUUCAUUCCCAAUUUCAUUGGAAACAUGAGCUCUCUUGUGGAUCUGGAUCUCUCUGAUAACCAGAUUAAAGGAGCGAAUCCAAAUUCGUUUGCAAGGCUGUGUAAUUUGCAAACAUUGCAGCUUCAAAGAAAUCAUCUGAGUGGACAAUUAUCUCAACUAUUGCCUAGAUGUGCUCAAAACUCAUUAGAGGAAUUGUACCUCUCUAAUAAUGUUCUUGCGGGGUCAUUAAACAAUCUUACAAGCUUCUCAUCUUUGGAAGUCUUGCAUCUUAGCGCCAAUCAAUUAAGCGGAAAAAUACCUGAAAGUGUUGGGCAAAUGUCCCAACUGUAUGACAUUGAUUUCAGCAUGAACUCUUUGGAAGGGGUGGUUUCAGAAACUCAUUUCUCAAAACUCUCCAAAUUAGAAUAUUUGGAUUUAUCCUCUAACUCACUAGUUUUAAACUUUAGUUCUAAUUGGGUUCCUCCCUUCCAGUUGAGAUACAUAAAUUUGACGUCCUGCAAGGUCGGUCCCCUUUUCCCAAAAUGGCUUCAAACUCAAAAACAUUUUUCCCUGCUUGAUAUUUCUAAUGCUGGAAUAUCUGAUAGCCUUCCAAGUUGGUUUUGGAGUAAUUUUCGUAGCGCAGACAUUAUUAAUCUCUCACAGAAUCUAAUCAGAGGAAUACUUACAAAUUUGACAGCAGAAUUUCCAUUUUACGCAGAACUACAUUUAAGUUCGAACCAAAUAGAAGGUCCAAUUCCCUCAAUUCUAUCACAAGCCUCAUAUCUGGAUCUCUCUAAUAAUAACAUUUCAGGGUCGCUUUCUUUCCUAUGUGCAAGUGCAGAUAUGAGUUAUCUUAAUCUUUCAAGCAACAGUUUUUCUGGAGAACUUCCGGAUUGCUGGAGCCAUUUGGAGAAUAAUCUAGUCAUGCUUGAUUUGAGUAACAACGCUUUUUCCGGAAAAAUUCCCAUGACAAUAGGCUCUUUAUUUCAAAUGCAAACUUUGAAAUUAAGAAGCAACCGAUUUGUUGGAGAAUUGCCUUCAUCGUUGAAGAACUGCACAAGUUUAGAGGUUAUUGAUCUGGGAGAUAAUAAAUUAUCAGGACCAAUACCUACAUGGUUAGGUGUGAGCUUCAAUAAUUUGGUUAUCCUGAUGCUUUCCUCUAAUCACUUCAAUGGAAGCAUGCCCUCGCAAUUAUGUCAUCUAACACGAAUUCAAAUUAUGGAUUUUUCUGUGAACAACAUCUCUGGAAGCAUACCCAAAUGCCUCAACAAUUUGACUACUCUGGCUCAAAAAGGAAAUCCAAGUCUAUCCAGUAGACAUUCUUAUACGAGACUUAUGGGUAAUAACACAGCUGCUAGUGCUAAUUAUGAGGAUGAUGCAAGCUUCAUAUGGAAAGGAAGAAUGCAGACAUACAAAAGCACUUUGGGACUUGUGAAAAGAAUUGAUCUCUCAAGCAAUAGAUUAACAGGGGAGAUUCCAAGUGAAAUCACUCAUCUUGUUGAGUUGGUUUCUUUAAACCUUUCAAGAAACCGGUUAACAGGUCAAAUAACUCCAGAGAUUGGAAAUUUGCAGUCAUUGGAUUCUCUUGAUUUGUCAAGAAACCAGAUAGAUGGAAGAAUUCCGACAAGCCUUGCUCGGAUAGAUCGUCUUAGUUUCUUGGACCUGUCAUAUAACAACUUGUCUGGCAAAAUACCAACAGGCACUCAGCUCCAAAGCUUUGAUCCCCUUGAUUAUGCUGAAAAUCCUCAACUAUGUGGACCUCCACUUAAAAAGAUGUGUGCUGAUCAAAAUGAGCCAUUGAGCAAUGAAGAGGAUAAGGAUGAGUUUAUAACACUGGGAUUUUACAUCAGUAUGGGGAUUGGAUUUGCUGCUGGAUUUUGGGGAGUUUGCGGCACUUUGAUAUUCAAUAGGUCAUGGAGAUAUGCAUACUUGAAGUUCUUGAAUGGUUUAAAUGAUUGGCUCUAUGUGAAGAUAGCUUUGAGCAAGCGGCAACUAAAGCUAGCAUAUGCUUAGUAGAUAAGCUCGCAACGCUGCAGCAUCUAAAUUAGGAGAAAAGUAGUUGUAGCUGAAUGCCUUCUUUCAGUUCAAGUGUGGAAGAUUGCCAGUAGCCGCACGCACAAGUAUCUGGAGAAGAGUUUACGAGUUAAUUUGGAGUGCUUAGUAGGAAUAAAUAUUAUUCAUAUUAGUGUUAAUUACUUGUCAGAAUAAUUAAUUCGGAAUUCUCCAAUUAAUGUUUUUUAAUAUAUUUGUUAUAGAGAAAUAAACAGAUCCAUUUUAAUCCAAGCUCACUCCGAUUAAUGUAUUAAUUCCAGCUAUAAUGUUAUUUUAAUGAACUAA